AGACAUCAAGUCAGCCACAGCCGCCUUUGGUGCAAGUGCAAGUACAGAAACAAAAGACAAUAAUGAAAGUAUUGGUUGCCAUAGAUGAGAGUGAAGGGAGUUUGUAUGCUCUCCAAUGGGCCCUUGAACACUUGCAUCUCCCGGAGACCGAGGGGUCAGCCGCGAUCACAGUCGUUCAUGUCCAACCUCAUUUCAUGCCGCCUCACACCGCCAUCCCUGUUGGUCCCGUAAUAUUUGCGACACCUGCAGUGAUGGAUUCUAUAAAGAAGGCACAAGAACAAAGUGCAUCUGAAGUCAUUUCACGUGCCACGAAACUAUGCGAACAACACAUGAUUAAAGCCGAAAUGAUGGUGAUUAGAGGAGACCCAAAGGAAAUGAUAGUUGAAGCUUCAGAGGACAUGAAUGUUGAUCUCCUGGUUGUUGGAAGUAGAGGCCUUGGACAAAUCAAAAGGGCGUUUUUGGGGAGUGUUAGUGACUAUUGUGCGCAUCAUGCUAAAUGUCCGGUUCUUAUAGUACGCCCACCAAAAUCAUCCCACAAGUAAACUCUAUGCCAGUGUUUGGUUUUGUAGUGUCUAGAAUGCAAUAAAAAAGCCAAACGAUGUUUCCACAUUUUAUUACAAGUAACUUGUUUGUAUGUCAUAUUGUAUAUCGAUGGAUAAUAAGUCGAGGGUCUGGAACGUUGUACGCUUGCACUUUUGACAUUGUAAACAUCUAUUCUCAACAUCCUAUAUAAAUUCUAGCCGGGUCUUGUCGUUA